GGGCAUUGUGGGUUGACUUUUGGGGUGGAGAUGAUUUCAGGAGGAUCGGAAGAAUUGAUUUCAUUUCGAGAUUGAGUUUUGGACACCUCCGACACCAAUUGUAACACCCAGAAGCAACAGACACAAUCAGCGAAGGAAGAAGAGGAAGAUGCGAGAGGAAGGUCUAUAUUUCCAGCACGUAGGGGUCGAAUUGCCCGGAUACAAGCUAAUCAUUGUCAUUUAUAAAAAGGUUAGACAAACGGUCCUCCACCUGUUCCAGCACGGCCAGGCCAGAGUUCUUUUCUGAAAAAGAGGAAACAGGAGACUCAUUUAGUGAUGUCAUGUUAGUUUUUAUAUCAUUACAUCGGGUGUUACACGUGUGUGGCAUUGUAAGGCAUGGUUGGCUGCGAAGUAUGCAGGGAUUGGUUACCCAAGACGAGGCAACGGAUGACCAAUAGGAGUGCCCCUUCCCUCUUAUCUGAUUGUAAUGCGAUUGGUUUCCGUCUAAGUCUCAAUGUCUCAGAAGACAUAGUAGGAGAGUUUAAAAGCUAAUGCAGGACUGUGAAUCUUUUUGUUUUAGUGACAGAGGCAAAUCUGUUCUUGCAAGGUCAUCUCUGCGUCAUAUUUUUCUGCGAGCGUCUCAUCCAAGGAGAACGGUGUCUCCAGAUUCGGGGUUGUGUUGCCCCUGAGUUUUCUACUUACACUAUUGGUGUUAAUGAGUACUUGUGGGAAGCAUCUGUUUUAUAGAGACAGAAAAGAAUGGAAUGACAUUACUCCUGUACCUCAAGAUGAUAAUGGUCGGCACAUUGUAAAUAUAGCAUAUUCAGAAGAAUUUGUUGACGCACAUGAUUAUUUCCGUGCAGUUUUGUUAAAAAAUGAACUUAGCGAGAGAACGUUUUCUUUAACGUCGGAGAUUUUAUUGAUGAAUCCUGCCAACUACACGGCUUGGGAAUAUAGAAGAAGGAUCAUCAAGGAGAUUUCAUCAGAUCUUAAUGCUGAGUUGCGUUUUGUGGGUAGCCUUAUUGAAGAAUAUUCGAAAAACUAUCAAUGGAACAUAGGGCUUCAACUGCACGUCUCCACUUGCUUCUGUCUUCUGCUGUACUUUUCACCUGCAUACAUGUUAGUCCAUACUGUUUCAACUCCUCUUCACACGAUCUCCUCCAUGUCACCCUUGCACUGACGAUCCACUCGCAGCUUCCCCUUCGGCCUGGUUCCACUCAAGCAAUGGCCUGGCGCGCGCGCGACGUCACCCAGCGGCGGUCUCCUCACUCAGAAGCGAGGAGUUUCGGAAGGUUGUUGUAAUGUGUCCCGUGUUAUUUGGUGAAGUUGUGUUUAUUAAGAUAUGUUGUGUUGUGUCGAUUGACUGGAGAGUUGGUUUGUUGGCUGGGUUGCUGGCUGGCUGAUGGCGUCGUUGGAGGAGCGUUGUGGUGGGGAUUGAUAUUCUCGAAGUGAGGAAGCGAGGAGUUUCGGAAGGUUGUUGUAAUGUGUCCCGUGUUAUUUGGUGAAGUUGUGUUUAUU